AUGGCCAGUGACCGUGCUGCGCCCCAGCCGUCUGUAUGGCAUGUGGGGUCUGCACCCCAUCCUAUGCUGGAUAGACUGGGCAAUCCUUUGAGUAUAGAACCACCUUCCUUUGACCCACACCCAGCCUAUCUGAAUUCCAGCCAGUCACGACACUGGACCUUUCAUCCCUCGGCUCUGGCGUCGCUACGCAGGGACACUCACGAAAAAGUAAGCGACUCCAUCUUACAAUACGUGUCUGAAACGCCAAAUACAUCUAGUCCUGAGCUUUUAUCGGUCGAGGAUGAAGUGGCCAUUAUGCGGUUUUACCUCAUGCGCAUCGGCAAACUUGUCAAGGCUGUAGGCCUUCCGUCCCUGAUAGAAGCCACGGCCAUGUCAUACAUGAAGCGCUUUUAUCUACGAAACUCGUGCAUGCAAUUUCAUCCCAAGCUUAUCAUGCUCACAAGCAUCUAUUUGGCAUCUAAGGCAGAGAACUACCCUAUUCCUCUAGCUCAUUUUUGCGCCCAGGUGAACAAGAAUGCUGGGACUAGUGCACAGGCCCAACAGGCUCCUUCGGCUGUGCGUGGUGAUGUGACAGAAUCCAUUUUGUCUCAAAUCGAAUUCGGAAUGGUGCAGAGCCUCGGUUUUGAGCUCGGUGUACACGGCGCGCAUCGUGCUCUCUACGGGUUUAUUUUGGAUAUCCAGACAGUCAUGCCUCACCUCACGCGUGAAGAUUUACUUGCUUUUGCUGCCUCUGUACAACCUUAUUUGCAUUUCUCGCGACUCACUGAUGCUGAGUUUCUUUUCACGCCAAGUCACAUCGCGCUUGCCUCGUGCUGGAUGUGCGAUGUCCCUUCAUCGUCCAAUAAAUCGUCUAUACAUGGCAAAGACCUUGUCAUGUCCUGGCUUAAAGCCAAGGAGGAGCGAGGCGUGUAUGCUCUUCAAAAGCAGCAAAAGGAGCGUGAUUUAUGGCGGCAAAAGCAACGCGUUCUUGGUUCAGAAGCCGCGCCCGAACUGGAUUCUAGAAGGGAUGAAGCCUCUGCCGCUCAUGCUUUACCCAAGCUUGUAUAUGGACUUGGACUACCUAUUGAUGAUAUUGUGAUAAUUCUCGAGAGAAUUGCCGACAUGAUCCAUUCCGUCGUGAUACCAGGCACUAUCCCGCCCAAGCCAUCCAUGGACGUGGAUCACGUCAAGCAAGUCGAUCUAAAGUUACGAUGCUGCCUCAGUAUAUUCGAGACCGUGAAUCGCGAUGCUUUGCGUAAACGCCCAGCUGAAGACACCGUUGAUCAAAUAAAGCGCGUGAAAAUAGAGACAUAA